UCCAACAAGAAGAAACUAAAAUCAUAGACUGAUAGCUGAGGAAAAACUUCAUUUGUUACUUGUACCAUCCCAUCAAACCAUCUCUUUCUUUUCUUCAAUCUCUCUCCCUAUCUUGUUAUUCAUUUCUUCCCCCAACAGUUCACGUUUCCUUUGUUUAUUCGACUCACCACUAACCAGUUAGUAUAAAAACGCAAUACCCAUUUUGCCAAUUCAGUUUUUGAGAGAGAAGAGAGCACCCCACUUCUUCAAAAGGAUUGGAAAUGGACUCCCAGGUUCUGGUUGCGCUUGGUUUGUCUCUUGUGGGUGGAUUGAGUACUUCUAUAGGUGCGCUCUUUGUAAUUCUUAAUGAAGCUCCCAAUUUGAAGAUGCUUGGGCUAUUACAGGGUUUUGCUGCAGGACUCAUGCUGAGCAUAUCAUUUCUAGAUUUGGCUCAUAAUGCCAUAAACUCAAUUGGCUUUUUAAAAGGCAACCUUUGGUUUUUUGCUGGUGUCAUAUUCUUUGCUGUUGUUGCCAAUUUCAUCCCAGAACCAUCACUCGCUCCGGGAUCAGAUCUGAAAAGUAACAAGAAAUCUGGGGACGACGGGGGCAAGGACAUUAUGAAAAAGCAUCGCCGCCAAGUUCUCUUUAGUGGGAUCAUUACUGCUAUUGGCAUAAGCUUGCACAAUUUUCCAGAGGGAAUGGCUGUAUUUCUUGGAUCAAUGAAGGGUCUCCGCGUUGGUCUAAAUUUGGCCUUGGCCAUUGCUCUGCACAACAUCCCUGAGGGUGUUGCUGUUGCUCUUCCAAUUUAUUUUGCAACUCAGAGCAAGUGGCAGGCAUUCAAAUUGGCAACACUUUCGGGUUUUGCUGAGCCUCUUGGGGUUGUAAUUGUAGCCUACCUAUUCCCAAGCAGCUUGAGUCCUGAAAUUCUUGAGGGCUUGCUAGGAUCAGUUGGUGGAGUAAUGGCUUUUCUAACCUUGCAUGAGAUGCUGCCUUUGGCAUUUGAUUAUGCGGGCCAGAAGCAAGCUGUCAAAGCAGUGUUCUUUGGGAUGGCUUUCAUGUCUGCAAGCUUAUAUUUUCUUGAAAUCAGCCUACCCAAAGAUAUGAGCUUGUAGCUGUUACACAUGAUGAUGUUGUACAAUCCUGAGCCUCGGCGGUUGGUCCUCAGAAAUUCCCUGCUUUUCUUACUGGCAUCUAGGCCCUGUAUUAAUGUUCAGCUUUAUUAGAAUGAUACACUGAUCUUUAGCAAAUUGGCCGAGGCACAGCUUUCUUAGAAGAAUGUUGGUUCUUAUGCAUUACUGUGCUUCUUUGAAAUGUAACUUAAAUAUGGAAAAAAUACA